GUAACGCGUAAAGAAAAUUGUGAUCUCUGGGUUGAACAAAAAUAUUGAAAUACAAAGGCUUUGAUAAUUGAAUCUGAAAAGAAAAAUGGGGGACAAGAAUGAAAAUACUGACAAAGGACUGUUUUCUAGUCUUGCUGGAUAUGCUAUGGGCCAUCACCAUGGAGGCUAUGGGGCACAUCCACCUCAAGGAUAUGGAUAUCCACCACAAGGGUACCCGCCUUCUGGCUAUCCUCCUCACGGUGGAUACCCGCCAGCAGGAUAUCCUCCUCCACCAGGGGCAUACCCGCCACCUGCAUAUCCUCCACAUGGUGGAUAUCCUCCUGCAAGUUAUCCACCCGCCUACUAUCCGGGUCCAUCAGUCUUACAUCAUGGGCAUGGUGGACCUCAUAUAGGAGGGGGCAUGCUAGCUGGAGGUGCAGCAGCAGCAGUAGCUGCAUAUGGGGCUCACCAUCUCAUGCAUAGUCGUCCUCAUGGCCAUUAUGGCCAUUUUGGCCAUCAUGGCCAUUAUGGCCAUCAUGGAAAGUUUAAGCACGGAAAAUUCAAGCACGGGAAGUUUGGAAAACAUGGCAUGUUUGGAAAACACAAGAGAUGGAAGUGAUUCAUCGCCUCAACUAACAAGAUUGCUGCUUUCGGUUCUUGCUUUCUACUUUUCUGUUGACUAUGAAUUUCUGUUGCAUUUUGGGUGUUUCUUUACUGAUAUUAGUAUAUUAUCAACACUCUCGGUUGUGUUUUCGUGUAUAUAUUGUUUUCACUUUAAGUUGAUGACAACUUUCUGCCUGGUGCUAUCCAUGAUUAGCUGUUGUUACAAAGGAUUUUUACUGGUGAAGUUCGAGUUUGUAGACUUGGAAAUUA